AUGUGGUACUUAGUACUAAAACGAUUAUUUCAAGUAAUACUAUUCUGUAUAUGGAGCGUAACAUUAAUUUAUCUGAUACUUCUUUCAGUUUUUACUUUUAUAAUUUUUAAUAUAUUUUUAAUCAUAUUCCUAUUUUGGUUUAUAUUAACAUUAUUUGGAUGGUCUUUUACGUUGAUUCCCAUCGUAAAAUUUGUUUUCAUACCAUGGCAUCAUCGACAAUGUCGUCUAUGGACAAAAAAUAAGCAACUGAAACAUUCCAGUAUUGCUUUUUUCCAUCCAUAUUCAAAAAAUGGCAACAAUAGUGAACGAAUUUUAUGGACUGCAAUUGAAUCAAUUCUUAAAAAAUAUAAAAAUGAUAUUCAAAUAAUUAUAUAUACAGGUGAUAGAGAUGUCACAACGGAAGAAAUGCUUCACUGCGUAAAACAACGGUUUGGUAUCGACAUGGAAAGGUAUUCAUCAUCGAUAACAUUGAUUUAUCUUCGAAGUCGAGUUUUAAUUGAAGCGAACUAUUUUAAACUAUGGUCUUCAUUAGGACAAAAAAUUGGUUCAAUCAUUCUUGGUUUCGAAGCGUUAAUACGUUUUAUACCUGAUGUUUAUAUUGAUUCGAUGGGUUAUCCAUUUACUUAUCCAUGUUUUUAUUAUCUUGCUUCAGUUACAAUUAUGUCCUAUGUUCAAUAUCCAACCAUCAGUAGUAAUCUAAUCGAACAACUCAAUGAAGAAAAUAAUAAUAAUGAAUUCAUUAUAAAGAAAUCAUUAUUGUUUAAGUUAAAAUUAAUUUCUUAUCAAAUAUAUUCCUACAUUUAUGGUUGGUGUGGUAGAUGUUCAAGUAUUAUUUAUUGUAAUUCAUCUUGGACAAAAAAACAUAUUGAAUCUAUAUGGGGAUUAUCUUGCAUUCAUCUUGUUUAUCCUCCAUGUGAUAUCAAGCAAUCUUUAGAGAUGCCAUUUAUUGAUAUAGAUGAAAAAGAAACGAUAACAACAAUUGUUUCUGUUGGAGAAUUUCGACCAGAAAAAAAUCAUCAACUGCAAAUUCAAGCUUUUCAUCAACUUUUACAAAAAAAACCUGAAUAUCAUGAGAAACUAAAAUUAAUAUUAAUUGGUAGUAUUCGACAUUAUGAAGAUAGCAAAUAUAUUGAACAAUUGAAAUUACUUAUUGAUAAUUUAAAUAUUAGUAAUCAAGUUCUAUUUAAAUUAGAUAUGAACGUCCAAGAAUUAAAAAAUCAAUUGAAUCACGCUGUGAUAGGUUUAAGUACAAUGCGUAAUGAACAUUUUGGAAUAGAUAUUGUCGAAAUGAUGGCUGCAGGUGCCAUUGUUGUUGCUUAUAAAUCGGGUGGACCACAAAUGGAUAUUAUUGAAGAAGGAAAAACUGGAUUUUUCGCUUCAGACAUUGAUUCUUAUGCAACCGUGAUGGAAACUAUACUUGAUAUGAAAUCAGUUGAACGCCGUCAAAUACAAGAACAAGCACGUCAAAGUGUUGAGCGAUUUAGUACAUUAAAUUUUGAACGACUAUUUUUAGAACCGCUUGAUAAGAUUUUAUUUGUAAAAUAA